CUACAGUAUAGACGGUGGUAUGACACGGAUUAAAGCUGGAUAUACCAAGACGCUGGUUAUUAAAAGAACCCUCUCACGAUGCUGAGCUUAGGUUAAAAAUAAGACUUAGUAACGCCUAGACAUUAGUGGUAUAAGCAAAGCCAGCAAGAGCGCAAGGGGUUCAUUCACUUUUGUUACUGAUCGGGACUAAGAAAAAAUACACCGCAGGGACGAAAAAGCGUUGAUCUGUUUUUUUCGAGAAAGGCUUUGAACAUGUCUACAAAAGCAGAACAAUUUGCCUCUAAGAUACGGUACUUGCAAGAGUAUCACAACCGUGUGCUUCACAAUAUUUACCCUGUGCCAUCUGGAACUGACAUAGCAAACACUCUGAAAUACUUUUCUCAGACUCUGCUCAGCAUUCUAUCCCGCACAGGCAAGAAGGAGAACCAGGAUGCUUCCAAUUUGGCAGUGCCCAUGACCAUGUGUCUUUUUCCUGUGCCAUUCCCACUCACACCAUCUCUAAGACCACAAGUCAGUUCCAUCAACCCUACAGUUACUCGCUCCCUCCUUUACAGCGUGCUGCGUGAAUCCCCGUCUGACCGCGGGCAGCAAAGUCGUGACGCACAGUUGUCAGAGUACCCCUCUCUGGACUAUCAGGGGCUCUAUGUGACGCUGGUGACCUUGCUUGACCUUGUACCAUUGCUCCAGCAUGGUCAGCAUGAUCUUGGACAGUCCAUAUUUUAUACCACAACUUGUCUCCUGCCUUUUCUCAGUGAUGAUAUUCUGAGCACUUUACCUUACACUAUGAUUUCCACAUUAGCCACGUUCCCUCCAUUUCUGCAUAAGGACAUCAUUGAAUACCUCAGCACAUCGUUUUUGCCGAUGGCCAUUUUGGGCUCCACUAGAAGAGAGGGAGGAGUCCCAGCAUUUGUUAAUCUGUCGGCUUCCUCCAUGUUAAUGAUUGCCAUGCAAUACACCUCAAACCCUGUGUACCACUGUCAACUAUUAGAAUGCCUUAUGAAGUAUAAGCAGGAAGUGUGGAAGGAUUUGCUGUAUGUUAUAUCCUAUGGGCCUUCUCAGGUCAAGCCUCCAGCAGUGCAAAUGCUUUUCCAUUAUUGGCCAAACCUGAAGCCACCUGGAGCAAUCAGUGAGUACAGAGGACUGCAGUACACAGCUUGGAAUCCCAUUCACUGCCAACACAUUGAAUGCCACAAUGCAAUCAACAAGCCUGCUGUUAAGAUGUGCAUAGAUCCCACACUUUCUGUGGCUUUAGGAGAUAAACCCCCUCCACUGUACAUAUGUGAAGAAUGCAGCCAGAGAAUUGCAGGGGACCAUGCAGAAUGGCUCAUUGAUGUUCUCUUGCCACAAGCUGAAAUAUCGGCUAUUUGUCAGAAAAAGAACUGCAGCUCACACGUCAGAAGGGCAGUCGUCACCUGCUUCUCAGCCGGCUGCUGCGGGCGCCAUGGCAACAGACCUGUCCGCUACUGCAAGCGUUGCCAUGUCAACCACCACAGCAGCGAGGUGGGAGCCUCGGCGGAGACCCACCUCUACCAGACAUCCCCUCCCCCCAUCAAUACCCGCGAGUGUGGAGCGGAGGAGCUGGUGUGCACUGUGGAAGCAGUCAUCAGCCUGCUGAAGGAGGCAGAGUUCCAUGCAGAGCUGCGUGAGUAUGAGAUGAAUCGGCGCAGACAGAUGGGCCUGUCCUCCUCCCAUCACUCUCUGGAUAAUAUCGACUUUGACAACAAGGAUGAUGACCAGCACGACCAGCGACUACUUAGCCAGUUUGGCAUCUGGUUUUUGGUGAGCCUGUGCACACCCAGUGAAAACACCCCUACGGAGAGCCUGGCCCGCCUGGUCAGCAUGGUGUUCCAAUGGUUCCACUCCACGGCCUACAUGAUGGAUGAUGAGGUGGGCAGCCUGGUGGAGAAACUCAAACCUCAGUUCGUAACAAAGUGGCUGAAGACAGUGUGCGACGUGCGCUUCGACGUUAUGGUUAUGUGCCUGCUUCCCAAGCCUGUGGAAUUUGCUCGAGUGGGGGGUUACUGGGACAAGUCCUGCAGCACAGUGAUGCAGCUGAAGGAAGGCCUGAAUCGCAUCCUGUGUCUGAUCCCCUAUAAUGUCAUCAGCCAGCCUCUCUGGGAGUGCAUCAUGCCAGAAUGGCUGGAGGCCAUCAGGACAGAGGUGCCAGACAGCCAGCUAAAGGAAUUUAGAGAGGUGCUCAGCAAAAUGUUUGAUAUAGAACUGUGCCCCUUGCCAUUUUCCAUGGAGGAGAUGUUUGGUUUCAUCAGCUGCCGGUUCUCUGGGUAUCCAGCAUCUGUUCAGGAGCAGGCUUUGCUAUGGCUGCAUGUGCUCUCUGAGCUGGACAUUGUGGUACCACUGCAGCUGCUCAUCGGUAUGUUCUCUGAUGGGGUCAAUUCUGUAAAAGAAUUAGCCAAUCAGAGAAAAGCACGAGCCAAUGACUUGGCAGGAAAUCUUGGGGCACGGAGGGUGAGUGUGGUGUCUGAUCCUGGGAGACGCGGGCAGCACCACACCCUGAGCCCUUUCCCUAGUCCCUUCCGAAGUCCCUUCCGAAGCCCCCUGCGCUGUAGCCCCUUCCGGAGCCCCUUCAAGAACUUUGGCCCUGCCUCCGGCCACCGGACUCUUGACAUUGAUUGCGAAGACGAUGACAUGAACCUUGGCUGCUUCAUCCUCAUGUUCGACCUCAUCCUCAAGCAAAUGGAGCUGCAAGACGACGGCGUGACCCUGGGUCUCGAGAACAGCCUGUCGAAAGACAUCAUCAGCAUCGUCAACAACGUGUUCCAGGCGCCGUGGGGGGGGUCCCACACCUGCCAGAAGGACGAGAAGGCCCUGGAGUGCAACCUGUGCCAGUCCAGCAUCCUCUGCUACCAGCUGGGCUGCGAGCUUCUGGAGAGGCUGGCGCCCAAGGAGGAGAUUCGGCUGGUGGAGCCAACAGACAGCCUGGAGGAAAGCUUAAUCUUCCCUCGGCCAGAGUUUACCAUUGGCACAGAGAUGGAGGAGGAGGACAAUCCUGUUGGCAGGCAGGGAGACAAUCCUGGCAACAAGAGCGACUCUCCUGACUACCCCCCCAUGAAGAACAAUGCUGACAAGAAGUUCUCUUACCAACAACUGCCGGUUACCUUAAAGCUUAUUUACACAAUACUGCAGGAAAUGCCUAAAUUUGAAGAACCAGAUAUUCUCUUCAACAUGUUGAACUGCUUGAAAAUCCUUUGUCUUCAUGGAGAGUGUUUAUACAUUGCUCGGAAAGACUACCCUCAGUUUCUGGCCUACAUUCAGGAUAAGAUGUUAAUUCCGAGUCUCUGGCGGGUGCUGAAGUCUGAGUUCUGCCAGCUGGCUUCCUUGGCAGUUCCCCAGCUCCUCCAUGCCCUCUCCCUCCCUCAUGGAGCAGACAUCUUCUGGGGCAUUAUCGACAGCAACUUCAACAGCAAAGACUGGAAGAUGCGCUUUGAAGCAGUGGAGAGAGUAGCUGUACUCUGUCGGUUUAUAGAUAUAGCAUCUGUGACAAAAAACCACCUGCUUAAGUACUCCUUGGCUCACUCCUUUUGCUGCUUCCUGGCAGCAGUAGAAGAUGUCAACCCUGCUGUGGCAACGCGGGCCAGACUACUACUGGAUACCAUCAAAAGGCCUGCAUUACAGGGCCUGUGCCUCUGCCUGGAUUUUCAGUUUGACACAGUAAUAAAAGACCGUCCCAUAAUUCUCAGCAAGCUUCUGUUGCUCCACUUCCUGAAGCAGGACAUCCCAGCCCUCAGCUGGGAGUUUUUUGUGAACCGUUUUGACACCCUCUCCCUCGAGGCCCAGCUUCAUCUUGAUUGCAACAAAGAGUUUCCUUUCCCCACCACUAUCACAGCUGUCCGGACAAAUGUCGCGAACCUCAGUGAUACUGCUAUGUGGAAAAUCAAGCGAGCCCGCUUUGCUCGGAACCGGCAGAAGAGCGUACGUUCCCUCAGGGACAGCGUGAAGGGCCCCUCGGAGUCCAAAAGAACACUGUCAUUGCCUGAGACCCUGAGCAACAGGCUGCCUCUAAGACUUACGAGGCAUGAGCAGUCAGCUCCAACUCUGGGAGAUAUGAUAGAACAAGUCCUGCCAGGCCAGAGCACUCCCGAAGAUGACACCAUGAUCAAGGACCCACUGCCAGAGGAUGCUGGGAUAGACCACCAGACCGUGCAUCAGCUGAUCAUGGUACUGAUGAAGUUCAUGGCAAAGGACAAGAGCAGCGCUGAAGCAGACAUCAGCAGUGCCAAGGCCUUCAACACUGUAAAAAGGCACCUGUAUGUGCUGCUGGGCUUUGACCAGCAAGAGGGCUGCUUCAUGAUUGCACCACAGAAGAUGAGGACCUCCACUUGCUUCAAUGCCUUCAUUGCUGGCAUUGCCCAGGUGAUGGACUAUAACAUCAGCUUGGGGAAGCAGCUCCUGCCCUUGGUGGUGCAGGUCUUGAAGUACUGCACCUGUCCCCAGCUGCGCCACUACUUCCAGCAGCCCCCACGCUGCUCCCUCUGGGCCCUCAAACCCCACAUCCGACAGAUGUGGCUGAAAGCCCUGCUUGUGGUUCUCUACAAGUACCCUUACAGAGACAUGGACGUCAGUAAAAUAGUGCUUCAUCUGAUCCAUAUAACAAUCAACACCCUGAAUGCGCAGUAUCACAGCUGUAAGCCCCACGCCACUGCUGGUCCUCUCUACAGCGAUAACAGCAACAUCAGCCGAUACAGUGAGAAAGAGAAAGAAGAGGACAGCGUGUUUGAUGAAUCUGACAUACACGAUACCCCAACUGGUGCCUGUAACAAGGAAUCACAAACCUUCUUUGCAAGGCUCAAGAGAAUUGGAGGAAGCAAGUCUGUGAAAUACCAACCUGUGGAAAUGAAUGCUCAAAAAAGUGAAAUUGAACUGUCUGAAUACAGAGAAGCUAGUGCACUGCAGGACAGUAUAUUGCGUUGUGUGAGGGAGGAAAGCAUCAAGAAGAAGAGACUCCAAGCCAUGAAACAGAAGUCCCUUGAUAUUGGGAAUGCAGAUUCUAUUCUCUUCAAUCUUGAUGAGCACCGGAGAAAAUCCUGCAUUGACCGUUGUGAUAUGGACAAGCAUGGUGUUCCCUCUUCGGCUUGCAACACCCAGCGUGUUGAACACUACAACAGGACCUGCAAUGAGGCAUCUAGCAAAAAUGAAGCAAGUGAACCCCCUGAGAGACAGGUCCCAAGGGACGGUCUGCCAGAGAAGAGACCGGUUAUUCCUGAGGUCAGGCUGAGCUGCAUGGAGACAUUUGAGGACAAGCCCGACUCUCCAGUGGGGCCACUAAAAGAGGACACAGACCUCAUAGACCUCUCCUCAGAUUCUGCAUCAGUCCCUGAGAAGCACUCCAUCCUUUCUACCUCUGAUAGUGAUUCCCUCGUCUUUGAGCACUUGCCUCCUCUGCGGAUAGUGGAAAGUGAUGAAGAAUUCGACAUGCAGAAUCCUUCAGAAGUCAGACCCAAGGGGAAACUCCCCAUGUCUCCUUCCACCACUAAUACUAUGAGCUUCAGCCCCGUUGUUCAGGUAAGUGUGGAGGACUGCUCCAAAGAACUCAAAGCCAAGGAGGUCAAGGACAGCCCAGUAUACCCCACUGAUAUGAAAACCUCCAUAACUCCUCCCCUGGCUGUGCUUGACUGCAGGGAUCUCAUCCAACCUGAAGGGGUCAAAGACAUGUCCCCAGAGAGCCCCAUGACCUUAAAACAAAAGAGAGACCUGCUCAAGAAGACUCCAGCCGUCCCUGAGACUUCUCUGGAUGACACUUGCGAGAUUCACCUCGAAGAAAUGAAACUUGGUGGAGGAAGUAUCAUUAGCCCUUCUUCCAAAACAGUCUUUCUGAAUAUUCCUGAUGAGACAGAGGUCCUAACCUCACAUGAGGAUGAGUCAGACUGUGAGAGGACAAGUGACCCUAAACCUGAAGAUGAGAAUGAGGAGACGGAAUUUAAAAUACAGAUUGUGCCCCGACAGCGGAAACAGAGGAAAAUCGCUGUCAGUGCCAUCCAGAGGGAAUACCUUGACAUCUCUUUCAACAUUCUGGACAAGCUGGGAGAUCAACAGGGAGAGUCAGAUCAGAAAGGUCUCUCAACUCUGGAAAUGCCACGAGAAUCUGCGUCGGCUCCAACUCUCGAAGCUGUAAUCCCAGAAACAAGCAGCCACUCUUCAAUAUCAACACAAUACAGGCAAAUGAAGCGUGGCUCCCUGGGUACGCUGACAAUGAGCCAACUAAUGAAGAGACAGCUGGAGCAUCAGUCGAGCGCUCCACACAAUAUCAGCACUUGGGAAACAGGAGCUACCAAGUGCAGCUUGUUGUCAGCGCCAAGCACUGUCAGCAUGUUUGUACCGGCGCCUGAGGAGUUCACUGACGAUCAGCCAACCACAAUGACAGAUAGGUGCCAUGACUGUGGAGCAGUCUUAGAAGAGUAUGACGAGGAGACCCUGGGUUUGGCUGUUGUGGUUCUCUCCAUGUUCAUUCACCUGAGCCCAGACCUUGCGGCUCCCCUGCUACUUGACAUAAUGCAGUCUGUAGGAAGGUUAGCUUCAAGCACAAAUCUUUCUGGCCAAGCUGAGAGCAUGAUGAUCCCAGGCAACGCGGCCGGCGUGGCCAAGCAGUUUUUGCGCUGUGUGUUUCAUCAGCUGGCUCCUAAUGGCAUUCUCCCUCAGCUCUUCCAAAGCAAUAUUAAAGACGGAAGCUUUCUAAGAACACUGGCUUCUUCCCUGAUGGAUUUCAAUGAGCUCAGCUCUGUUGCUGCUUUGAACCAGCUGUUAGAAGGUUUAAACAACAAGAAGACCUUGCCAGCAGGGGGCGCCAUGCUGCACUGCCUCGAGAACAUUGCCACUUUCAUGGAGGCCCUUCCAAUGGACUCCCCCAGCAAUCUGUGGACAACCAUCUGUAACCAGUUCCACACCUUUUUGACUAAACUGCCCUCUGUUUUACCACUAAAGUGCCCCUUGGAUUCCAGUUUAAGGAUUAUUAUUUGCUUGCUGAAGAUACCAACCACAAAUUCAACAAGGAGCCUGCUAGAACCAUUUUCCAAAUUACUGAGCUUUGUCAUUCAGUAUGCGGUCUUCAGCCUCUCCUACCUUGUGGAGCUCUGCGGAUUGUGCUAUCGUGCCUUCAACAAGGAGCGAGAUAAGUUCUACUUGUCCCGCAUUGUCGUGUUGGAACUUUUGCAGGCUUUAAAAUUCAAGUCUCCUAUUCCAGACACUAACCUAUUACUACUGGUUCAGUUUGUUUGCUCAGAUGCUGGAACAAGAUUAGCUGAAUCAACGAUUCUGCAAAAGCACAUGAUUUCAUCCCUACCUGGGUGCACUACAGCAGCAAUGGAAUGUAUGCGGCAAUACAUUAAUGAAUUACUGGACUUCAUUGCAGAUAUGCAUACCUUGACAAAAUUAAAAAGUCACAUGAAAACCUGCUGUCAGCCUCUGCAUGAAGACACGUUUGGUGGAAACCUGAAAGUGGGCUUAGCGCAAGUGGCAGCCAUGGAGAUCAGUAAGGGGAAUCACCGUGACAACAAGGCUGUCAUCCGCUAUCUGCCAUGGCUAUACCAUCCUCCUUCGGCCAUGCAGCAAGGGCCUAAGGAGUUUAUUGAGUGCGUGUCUCAUAUACGUCAGCUCUCUUGGCUUCUGCUUGGCUCACUAACCCACAGUUCACUGCAUCAGGGCUCUACUUCCUGUAUGCCAAUUCCACUUGAUGCUGGUUCUCAUGUUGCUGAUCACUUGAUCGUCAUCCUGAUUGGGUUUCCAGAGCAAUCCAAGACAUCGGUUUUGCACAUGUGCUCGCUGUUCCAUGCGUUCAUGUUUGCCCAGCUAUGGACGAUUUAUUGUGAACAGGCGGCUGCAGCCCCUAUGCUACAAAACCAAAAUGAGUUCUCAUCGACCGCCAUCCUCACUGGCCUUGAAUUCUGGAGCCGGGUCACUCCCAGCAUUUUGCAGCUCAUGGCCCACAACAAAGUGAUGGUAGAAAUGGUCUGUCUGCAUGUAAUCAGCCUAAUGGAGGCCCUUCAGGAAUGCAAUUCCACCAUUUUUGUUAAGCUCAUUCCCAUGUGGCUGCCUAUGAUUCAGUCCAACCUGAAGCAUUUGUCAGCAGGGCUACAGCUACGCCUCCAAGCCAUACAGAACCAUGUUAACCAUCAGCAUCUGCAGGGUCUGCAGGCCUAUGGACAAGCAAAUACAAUUCCGUCAGUUCUACGCAAGUGGCUACAGUGCACUCAGUUCAAAAUGGCUCAAGUUGAAAUCCAGUCCUCAGAAGCUGCUUCUCAGUUUUAUCCCUUGUGAAGAAUACAAGAAAAUGAAGAAUGGAGAAGAUGAAAAUGCCAGAAGCUGCCUUUUUUAUCCUGUGGAAAAGCUGCAGUACAGUACAUCUACUAACACUCUUCAAAUACUGUUUGAGAGCACUUGAGCAACAAACAAUAGAUGCAGCCUGUUCAUAUUGGACUUUCUCUACCACAUUGGUUUUUUGAGUAAUAUUUCAUCUUGUUUGUGAAUUAUUGCCAUGGAAAGCGAUUAAUUAUGCAUCUUAUAGUAAAUACUUUACAAUUAUGAUCAUUCAAGCUCAUCAGCUAAUGUUAUGGGUCACAGAUACUGGUUCUAAUCACAGGGUCUUUUGCUUUCCGCUGAGCUCUCAAGUACUUAAUUAUUACUUUAGUUAUUCAAGAUUCAUGUUUUCUCAGUGAAAAUAUUAGGGUUAUCCAUAACCAGGACUGGAGAGCACAGAUAAGUUUUUUUUUUUAAACACAGUCAAAUGCUGUCACUACUUUUAACCAAACAUAAUGUAAGGAACUUACUGAACAGCUGAGUAGUGGUAAUUAUUGAUGCAUAAAAGAUCUAAUAUGCUCUGUGCUGUAUCUUCUCGGUAAAAAAGAUAAUGGUGUACAACAGUAACAAUGCAUAAUACCACAGAAUGGUAUGACAUGAGUCAGGCCCAGACUGUUGUAAGCUUCCCAGAUGCAAGUUGCACAAGAAAGCAAUUUAAUUUUUAUUACACAAUAGGCUUUUGUGCUGUAUGUGUAUGCACUCCUAGCAUCAAAGUAGACAUUCUGUUUGUUUGAAGCCAGGAAAUCAAAAUAAAGCCACAUGGUUUUCUUAA